AUGUACGCUGUUUCUUAUUGUUCCUGGUUCCUAUCGGUAUUUUCUUUUUGCUAUGCCUCGCAGGAGUGUACCUGCGGCCUAACGUGGGCAGGAGCCAAUGAGGCACGGGCCAUCCAACCCGGCUCCGGCAAGGCUCCUGCAAAAUGUCACACCAUUUUCGGCUACGGCUCACCUCCUCCACAACGUCACCCACGAAAACGAGCGCCUGUCGCAACCACCACCACCCCCCCCCCAGAUAGCUGCAGAACAAUCUCCUCUCAACCAACCGUCAAGAUGAUCUCGGCCGCCGGAGCCCGCGCCGCCUCGCGCACCACCACCUCGCUCGUCGGCCGCCGCGGCUUCCACGCGACCCGCGCCCGCUUCUCGUCGCCCUACCACUACCCCGAUGGCCCCUACUCCAACAUCCCCUUCAACCCCAAGAGCAAGUGGUUCGGCGUCCAGUUCUGGACCUACUCGUUCGUCGGCUUCUUCGCCCCCUUCGGCAUCGCUGCCUGGCAAACCUACAAGCCCCGGUAAGCGGCUCGAAUAUAUGCGGAGGAUCACUCGAGAGCUUUGGUUGUCUGUCGACUGGCCGGUCCCAGCCUAUGGCGUUGGACGAGGGAGCCUGUGCGGGAUGUGUUUAUAUCUCCACCAAUAAACGCUGUGAACCAGCAGUCUUCUUUGCUGGUAAGAUGCGUCUGUGAACUGCGAAAGUCGUGCAUACGAAACAGUCGAGUGAUGUCUAUUACGCCUCGAAUGAGUAUCAAUAAACACAUCAUUCACUAAUGCACGCUUCUAAGCAGAUCCAUGCUAUAUGAUAUGUUACUGUUUGUUAUUUACAUGAAAUAUGAUUACGAACAUUUGUAUAUGUGAGGGUGGCCGAUAUUUUACAACCCC